AAAAAGGAAAGAAUUAGUGCGAUGUAAAGAUCUGCAUUAUCUUCCACCGACAAAAUCAACAAGCCUGUGGUUUUGGAGACGGAGCAUGCGAACCGGAAUCGUUCUGUUUUACUUUUUCUUUCCAACUAUCGCAAAGGGUUGCUGUGGGAAAAAUCGACAACAGAGGAUUUUGACAGAUCAGCCGUUUCAUCACUACAAAGCUGUGGAGGGGGAAGUCUUUGUGAUGCCAUGCGAUCCAUCUGAGAAGUCCCCUGUGAAGAGAGCCGGCGCUGAUGACGGCAAAGCAUGUGGGGAAGAGUUUGUGGCUAAAGAUGCUGGAGAAAACAGAAGCUUCACAGGGUCAAAUUCGACUCUGCAGGUCAUCGCAAAAACCAGUUUGAGAUGCUUCGAGCCUGAAGAGAGCAGCGUGAUGCUGCUGGUUGACAUUGGUGGUCGCAUCCCCUGCCCCGGGCAUGCCUGUUAUAACAACACGGGUGUGGUUUGGUACAAGAAAAACAGACCCGUAUCUAUAGCAAGAGACUCCUGUGUUGAAGACGGGGAGCUUCAACUCUGCACAGUCUACAGAGAGGAUACGGGUGUAUUUUAUUGUGACAGACGAAUAACUGAGCAAGGAGUCGCGUGGGUCUUCAGGAGGGCCGUCCACGUUAAAGUCAUACCCUUUUCAGAAGCAAACUCUCUUCCUGUGGUUAAAUAUCCAGCUGUAAACAUGACUGAGGAGGUUGAGCUUGGUCAGCCUCACAACCUCACGUGUGAGGUAGACUUUGAUUUUGAGGUAAACAUUUCUCGAAAAGUAGAGUGGUUCAUGAAUUAUGGCGGCGAUAUGGACAACAUGACCCUGUUAGACACGAAGCGACAUCAAGAAGUCUUGUUUUCAGAGAUCAAGGUUACGCAGACGUACGGCAUAAAGGAAGUGACGCCUCAGCACCUGAAGCACGCAUACACCUGCUUCGCCAGCAACGCUGUGGGAAACAACAGCGUCACAAUUAAACUUAAACAAAAAAAGCAAGGGAAAUGGCCGUCACUGGUUGGGUAUCCGUUUGGCUGCUUUCUGCUGGUCGUCAGCCUGGGAAUCAUCCUGCAUGUGAAGUGGGUGGAAUUACAGCUCAUCUUCAGAUCACGCUUCCAGUUUGGAAAAGAUGAUGAAGAGAAGGAAUUUGAUGUUUUUGUGUCAUAUGUGUGGACGGGUCCAUCAGCAGAGGCGGUAAACGGUUUGACCAUUUCCUCCAAGCCUUACAGUGAUGCAGGAGAGAUGCAGAGCCGUGAGGAACCGAUAGAAAUGCGGCUGCCCCGGGUGUUAGAGGACCAGUGGGGGUAUCGCGUCUGUCUGCUGGAAAGGGACAUUCUUCCAGGAGGAGCUUAUACAAACGAUGUGGUUCUCACUAUAAACAGAAGUCGAAUGCUCAUCUGUGUCCUGUCAGCUGAAUAUUUCGCCAGCAGCAACGCUGUGUUUGUACUGGAAUCAGGAGUCAAGGCCUUACUGCAAAACUCUGCCCUCAAGAUGCUCUUGAUUUGGACCAGAGGAACUUCGGCGUCCUUCACCCAGCCAGAACCUCCACUGCCCAAACUGGUGCAGAGAGCCUUGAAGGUGCUUCCCAGUCUGCAGUGGAGCACAGACGCACCUUCCACGGCCGCCAGGAGCUUCUGGAUCUCUUUGCAGAAAGCCAUGCCAGCUGACAGAGCGAGGCCUGCUUCACGUGUGCAGUGUGAAGCCUGAGGUGUGGGAAAAACGUUUCCCCGCUGGAACUCGACUCAUUAUGCGUUAAAACGUGCGUCACCAAAAGACCGUAUGAGAAAGCUAAAGCUGAAUCUGAACAAAGAAAUGUGUGAAGAGCUGUUCCGUGGUGACGCACAUGCAGACGUACCAAGUGUUAAUUUAAAAUGCUGGGGGGGGGGGAGUAAUUUUCCAUCUGUAGGAAUUUGUCCAUUUCAUCAAAUUUUCAAUUCUUCAGUUUAAGACUAUGGAAAAAUAAAAACUGAACUAUUAAAUGUAAAAAAAAAUAUGUGAUUUAUCAUGAUUUCUCCUACUGCUGCAAUAAAUAAAUGAAAACCAUUUUUUAAAAAUUCAUAUUCACUGGACAUCAUUGAAACAAAGACUACAGCAAUAGGAGUUGAUAUAUUUUAUUCGGAGAUGUCAGAACGAAUGGCUGCGUAAUUCACAGAAAAAUCAAAAACUAUACAUUUUGGAUAGUGGGAAAAGAGUUUAAGACACAAAACAUGUUGGUGAGUUAUGAUAUUAAAUUCAAAAGGAAAAUAGUUUGGGGAAGUACCUAAUUUUAACAAAAGUGCAACCAAGACAGUGUGUAUGGUUACGAUUCGAUGUUUAAAUAUUUGACAACACAGAACAUUUACUGCAAGCGCGACAAACUGGAUUUCGGCUGCAUGUUUGAUGGGCUGAAUGAGGCAGAAAUGAAAAAAUAAGAAAAAGUGUUCUCAUUGGUGAGGGAGCUGGUAAAAGCAAAGGGCUGUGCAGCAAAAGUGAAAAUCUAAAUUCAAAAAAGAAUUUAAUCUGAAAACAAAACAAAAAGAAAAUAAAAACCUACACUUAAUUUAACCCACCGUCUAGUUUGUGGAUUAAAAAAUAAAACACUGUCACUAUGUACAUUUUUAUACAAACAUCAGACAAACAACGUGCUUAUUAGGAUUAAACCAAACCAGCGCAUGGAGGAGGGAACAAAAAACGGUAACAGCAAGAGGGCAGGAACUAUCCCAAUCAUCCAAUUAGCCAACAAAA